GGGCGACGGCCGUACAUCCGGGACAUUCUGCUGCAUGAUGGAUUCUUGAUGUGAAAAAACAGACGACAUUUUGGUUUUCCCGUCUCAGGAUUUCCCCCUUUCAGUUGGCAUUUAUUCCCACCCCGAACAUGUCAGGAUGAAAUCUUCUCCAGGAUAGGCACCCACUGAGCUAGAGGAUUCCGAGUAUGUGCAGACCGUGGCGUUUUUGAGGAGGAUUUGGUACAAAAAUGGAGUGUGAAAGUGGUGGGGAGGGCGGCUCGGGCAAGCCGACGUCGUCUUCAUGAGACGGACUCCCAGAGGUGCCCUGCUGUAAACUCGACGUGUUUUCUUCUUUCUAGUCGUUUCUUGGAUCACUACAGACCCAGCAUGGAUCUGUUCAUUGAAACCUUGACUGGAACAGCGUUUGAACUCAGAGUGUCUCCAUUCGAGACAGUCAUUUCAGUGAAGGCGAAGAUCCAGAGACUAGAAGGAAUCCCCAUCUCCCAGCAGCACCUCAUCUGGCGCUCCGUGGAGCUAGAAGACGACUACUGUCUCCAUGACUACAGUAUUACUGAUGGCAGCACUCUCAAGCUGGUUCUAGCCAUGAGAGGAGGGCCUAUCAACACAAGGAGAGUUCCCAUGGAAGACCCAGCUAUUCGGGAGAUGGCUGAGUACAUGGAGGCCAACAAGGAGGAAAUCCUGGACAAGCUGCCCAACAACAAGCAGGUCACCCUGCUGGUGUUCCGCGAGGGAGACCAGCUCAACUUUUUCCGAGUGGUGGACAGAGGAGACGGCACGCUCACACCUCUCUCUGAAUCAUUAAGUGGUGCAUCUGUGUACAACCUGUAUGAUGAGGAAGAGGAGGAGGAGCAGCCAUCCCAGGAACAGAUCAGAGACAAUAACGUCACUGCCACGAAGAUGAGAGCACUCAGGACCAAGAUGGAGAGUCUCAGUCUCAGCAAAAAGCAACCAAAGUUCAAGCCGAGACCGCCAUCAAGUGGUCGUCCAAGUAGCAAAACUUCCUCUCGACGAAAGAAACUUCAUCUCCGUACCUCACAAAACUCAGGGCAAGCUCUCAACAGGAACAUGCCCCUUCCUCCUGUAGGAGGGUCCUCUGUCUCACAAAGUGAUGCUGAGGAUGCCAAAUCUGAUCCUCAAAAGGAUGCAGAAAGGACCCAGAAGCCAACUCAAUACCCUUCUCCUAGAACUAGAUUAGAGCACCUCCCUAGUGCCAAAUUGAAAAAGCCAUCAGCAAAGUUAAAGUCUGACCAGGCUGCUGAGCCCAGGUCAGGCUCAGCGUCAGCAGAAGGUGUGAAGGAGGACCAAUCUGCUGUCAGGGCCAGAGUGACAGAUUAUGGUGCUCCCUCCAGACUGGCUGAGGACUCGUCUUCCAGUAGGGACACAGACUCUUCCAGUGAGGAAGAAAGGCACCAGCAAGACUCGCGUGCUGCUUGUGCCACCACUGUAACUUCUCCUAGAAAACGGCAAGAACUGCAAAGAAUCUUGGAGCAAAAGGCUGAAACAUCCUCCCAAGGAACGGAUUUACCCAGAGACCUUACAGACGGCAAAGUGCAAAAGAAGGAGGGUUUGCAAGGGAUCGAAAAAGAGAAGAAGGAAGUGAUUCAGUCGCUGAAGAAAGAUUUUGUUGGACUUGAACACCGUAAAGCAGGGACCAGUGCAGGGUUUCCAUCCACGGUGGACUCCCCCUUCAGGCGUUGGGAACAUGGAUAUGUGUCAGCAGAGGCCAGGACUGUAGACCUUGUAAAUAAAGUUCCUGUGUCACUGGAGAAGCUUGGCGGUAGAAAGGAGGUGCAGCACUUGGGUAGCUUGGUCAGGAGUGCUACCAAGGAGAGUUUACGAGGCUUGAGUGGGAAACACAGAAUGCCACCAGAAGGUCUUGGCUACUCUAGUAAUGCUGCUGGCCUACGGAAACAUGACCGAAGAAUCGGCACUCCAGACAGGAGUAGACUCAUAUCUGCCCACAGUAUUCGUGAUUUGUCCGGGAGGAUAUCAGCUUCGGGGAGAGGGACAGUAUCCCCCAUCCACCGACUGCCCCCUGUCAAGCCCCCUCAGCUGCAUACCAAGAAGAAGUCUGGUAAGAGGUGCUUCCUGUGUGGCAAGAAGACAGGACUUGCUACAAGCUAUCAAUGCAGAUGUGGCAACAACUUCUGUGCUACACACCGCUAUGCUGAGGCCCAUGACUGUACCUAUGACUACAAAGCUGCUGGUCGCAAAUACCUGGAGCAAGCCAACCCUGUAGUUAGUGCUCCCAAGUUGCCAAAAAUCUGAGUUCCCAAGCCACAGACUUUUUGUAUCUGUUGGGAACCAGGGAGACUUGUGCUUUCAGCAGAGUUGUGUAGAGCAGGAGAAAGGACUGUUGUGUUGAUGGCAUUGGGAUGUGUACAUGUAGGUUGUUAUGCACAGUGAUACCAUCUGUAGACACAGCUACAUAGAUAUAUCAAAGGGUACAAGUUAUAAGAGGAAGGCACUUUGAGUAAGACAUGGCAAUUUUUGGUAUGUUUUGUUUUCUGUAUCAAAUAUGUUCCAGUAUGAAGUAAAAUUAAGGGAAU